GAUGUCGUUGUCCCCCCUCCCCAAAUACAUCCCUGUCUCGACGGAAACACACCAACCCCUUUAUUCUCCCUUGACCUCGCGUCGUCCCGCUUCGAACCUACCCGAAUUAUGCCCCUACGCGCUGGAGAGAAGGUCGGACUCUCGGCCGAAGAGCUGCGAGAAGUAGCUUUCUAUCCGCCACGGAUGUCGCUGCGGAUAAUGCAUCCGAGCCCGCGUCUCGCGUUCUAUCCUAUCGACCUCAAGGCCCCGGAGUCUGCGCUUGCGUCGCCAGGCACGUUUCCUCCAAUAGCCAUUGGUGAUGUUCUUGUCGCGAUCCAUCGCUCUCUGCACACUCGGAUCACGCCCGACGAUUGGGCCGCGCUUUCUGCGGAAGAAGAGGCUUCUGUGGGUCAGGCAUUUACGCGUCGGUGCCGAAAAGAAGCGGUCGCGAGCACGGACGGUGUGCCGGCGGCUGACUGGAAGGAGAGGGAGACCGACGCAAGAAACGACGGCGUGAAACGGGUCGAUUUUCUGAUGGGCAAAUCCGAGUUCAAAGGAUUAGUGAGAGAUGAUGCCGACCCGGACGGUGUCCUCAGACUACUUACCGAGUAA